AUGACUACUCAACAACAGGAGUUGUUCUCGCAGGUCAAGGCCUGGUUGGACAACUACUUGGGAAAGAAGGAGCAGGCUCCUCUCGAUCUUCCCGUUUCCUUGCCAGCGGAUGACCGAAAAUUCGUCCAGGAGCUUGCGGAUAAGCUCCAUCUUCCU